AUGGUGUCAUUACUAGAAAAAUUACAAGAAGAUUUCAGUAAGAACCACAGAAGAACAGAUAUUGUAUUAAUUUUGCAAGAUGAACAGCGCUUAAAGGUCCAUUCCGUUGUACUGUCAUUAUUCUCGGAUGUGUUUGCUACACAGUUUAACAACAGGUGGAGUAGAAGUCGUCAAAGUGGUGAACCUGAGCAGCAUAUUGAAAUAGAUUGCAAAACCUUUCCACCACUACUAAUGGUUCUUGUCAUCACCUAUAUGUACAAUGAUACUAUUCCAUUAGCAUUAGACAAUUCAGAUGAUCUUUUAAUAAUUGCCGACUUUUACAACAUACAGGAGUUGCGUACAAGAUGUCUUGACUAUUUAUCUUCACUCACUCACAGCAAUGUCUUAAGGGUCCUUCCUAUAGCAGAUAAUCACAAGUUCAGCGAGCUUAAGGAACAGUGUCUACAAUUUCUUGAUAGAAUGGCGCCUAUUAUUCUUAACAAUAAUUUAAACAUUGGCCAGUUCUGUGAUUUGCCAAAACAUCUUGUCAUAGAAAUAAUUGAGCGGGAUACUUUGGCAAUUCAUGAAGACAUCGUACUUGAUCUGCUUGACAAAUGGGUGACACAUACUUCAAUAGUACACGAGGAAGACAAUUUAGACAUUCCAUUUGCGUGGGAAGAGUUUGUUCCCCACAUAAGAUUUACUGAAUGUUCACUUGAAACAUUCACAAGAAUAGUAGUGAGCCAGCAAAUCCUGGAUGCUAGCCUUACAAGUUUAAUACAGCAAUUCAUCGUUUGUAAGACGCCAGUCCCACAGACGGUGCAUUUUAAUACACGCCCACGAAGCAUAAUUUCAGAAAACGCCAUAUGUGUACAAAGAUUCCGAAAAAUUUGUCAAGAAGUAAAUUGGAGUUGCAAUAAGUUUGAAGGUGAUAGAAUCUCUUUCAUGGUAAAUACACCGUCAGGGUCAUCUGCACGAUUGCAUGGAGUGCAGCUAUUUGGGGACCCAAACCAUGCCAUAACUGUCCGUGUUUCUGUAUUAGAUAGGCAUAACAUCACACUGGUUUCAUCCGAAACACAUAGAAAAGGUACAGAAUUUGUAGUGAUCUUCAAAUCUGCCGUAAGGAUGCAAAACAAUUCACUAUACACAGUUAUUGUUCAAACAACUGUCGAUUUAAAAACAUGUUAUGGUGAUGAUGGUAUAGAAAACAAGAUCCAGUAUACAAAAGAUGGGACGAAACUGGCUGUACGAUUUAUCGAUUUUGAAAUGGGUGAAGGAAUGUCAAACGGCACCACAAAGUCAAGAGGACAGAUUUCGGGUUUAUUUUUCCUAUGA